AUGUCUGUUUCGUCAAUUGAAGAAAAACCAAACCGAUUAAUUGGAUUUAUGGCAGGUGUGGCUUCUGGAGUUACCAAACUCCUUGUGGGACACCCUUUUGAUACAAUCAAAGUUCGUAUGCAGACAUCAGAAAUAAAUAUAAGAUUUGAUGGAACAAUUCAAUGCCUGCGGCAAACAAUUCGGAUGGAAGGAUUUCGUGCCUUAUAUAAAGGUUCUCUUCAUAAUUAUCGUUUAUUUCUUCAAGGAAAUAAUCCUUCAAAGAAACUUACGGUACUUCAACAUGCCAUGGCGGGUGCUGCUUCUGGGUGGACUGUCUCUUUUCUUGCAUCACCAGUUGAACAGAUUAAAGCGCGAUUACAAGUUCAAUAUGAUAGUGCCACAAAAUUAUACAAGGGGCCACUCGAUUGUGCAAUUAAAUUAAUACAAAAUAAUGGUUUAAAAGGAUUAUGGAUUGGAUUAACAGGAACUUUGACAUUCAGAUCAUUUUUCUUUGUAUAUUGGGGAUCAUAUGAGGUUAUUUCAAGAAUAUUUAGAAAUACCAACAUGAAUGAGGCAUCAAUAAAUUUCAUGGCUGGUGGACUUAGUGCAAAUGCUUUUUGGCUUUUCUCAAUGCCUGCUGAAGGAUCUAGGGGAUUCUAUAAAGGAUUGGUUCCUUGUCUUUUAAGAUCUUUUCCAACCAAUGCUUCUGCUAUAAUGGUGUUUGAAUAUACUAUGAGAUUUUUAAAGAAUUCUGAAAUGCCAACCUUUUAA